GGUAAAAUCGCGAGGAGCCGCAGAGCCCAAUUACUGGCCAGAAGAGAACGGAAAUCACCUGGGCGCCAUGUUAGUUAGGGGCACAGUCACUUCCGGCGCAGGGGUCCUCUGCUAGGCGGACUGGGUUUGUAUUUAGUGGAUGGAGUCGGCACCCGCGUCUGUAAAAGAACCUUUAUUUUAACGUUUCCCAGUUGCGACUAUCUCUUUAGAAAUAUGCAUAAAUAAAAGCCGAGUCCUAACAACUGUAGCGGGCAUUGAUUGGAACACUGACUCCUAAAAAUUUUAUGCGUAUAUUCUCUGAUUCAUUUCCUCAGAAGGUUUGAAAUGAAGAAUAGGGAGUCUGAUUAAUGUAUAACAUCUCAACACGAAGGUCGGGAAGCAACAAUAGUCAUGCACCAGAGAAGAAAAACAGCUGUAUUACGUGACUCAGUUUUCAAGGCUUAACUUUGCCCCCUUGGCUUAAUAAAUUUGGAAGGUUCUGAAAUUUCAUUGUCUUUUUAAAGUUUGCAUCUCAAAGUAUAAGUCGCAGAACUGAACAGGAAAUUCCAGCAUGUUCAUCAUGUAAGUUCAUAGAGCUAUGUAGUAGGCAGAAUAAUGGCCUCCAGAAGAUGUCUGUGUUCAGAUUCCGGAAGCUCUGACUAUGUUAUAUAUGACAAGAGGCUUUGAGGAUGUCAUUAAAUUAAGUAUUUUGAGAUGGGAAGAUUAUCCUGGAUUGUCUGGUGGACUCAGUGUAAUCACAAGGAUCCUUAUAAGUGAAAGAAGGAAGCAGAGUCAGGGAGAAGUUUGAAGAUGUUCUGCUGCUGGCUUUGAAGAUGGAGGAAGAUGGAGGAAGGGGCCACAAACCAAGCAAGCCUCCUCUAGAAAUUGGAAAAGUUACAGUAUCCAACUUUCCCUACAAGCGUCCAUAGGGAGACGAAGGGUUUAUACCAGUAACUGCAUCCCCCAGGAGACAAGAAAGGAGGAUAGAAAAACGACUUAGGAAUCUCCUUGGAGCUCAAGACCAGGAACUUCCCCAAGCCGGUCCCUGCCGCAGUUCCUGCGGCGCUCCGACGCGCUGGCCGCACUCGCAGCCCAGGUCGCCAGUACGCACGCGCAAUAUUAGCUGGGGCGCCAGAGCCGGGGCACCUGCGCAGGCUUGGCUGCGCCCUCUCGCGCCGCACGCUCCGCGGGUUCCUCCCUCCUUCCGAGCCUCUUCUCUGGCCGCUGCGCGGGAGAGAGGCCGAGAUGGCAGAUGAGAUUGCCAAGGCUCAGGUCGCUCGGCCUGGUGGCGACACGAUCUUCGGGAAGAUCAUCCGCAAGGAAAUACCAGCCAAAAUCAUUUUUGAGGAUGACCAGUGCCUUGCUUUCCAUGACAUUUCCCCUCAGGCACCAACACAUUUUCUGGUGAUACCCAAGAAACAUAUAUCCCAGAUUUCUGCAGCAGAAGAUGAUGAUGAAAGUCUUCUUGGACACUUAAUGAUUGUUGGCAAGAAAUGUGCUGCUGAUCUGGGCCUGAAUAAGGGUUAUCGAAUGGUAGUGAAUGAAGGUUCAGAUGGUGGACAGUCGGUCUAUCACGUUCAUCUCCAUGUUCUUGGAGGUCGGCAGAUGCAUUGGCCUCCUGGUUAAGCAUGUUUUGGGGAUAAUUUUCUCUUCUCUAGGCAAUGAUUAAGUUAGGCAAGUUCCAGUAUGUUAAGUAACACACUUACUUUUGCCUGUGUACGGAGAGAUUCAAGAAAUAAUUUUAAAACCGCAUACAUAAUAAAAGACAUUGUUGCAUGGCUUA